AUGAACGAUUUUAUGGAGAUGGUCGAUUCGGUGGCCAAUGAAUUGCUUAAGGUGAGUCAAGCUCGGAUGGAUCGUUUAGUGCAAGCUGCCAGAAAUAACGGUGCAAGUGAUGCGACCAUCGAUAGUGGGACGGAAUGUUUGCUAAACGCCCUCGAACGAUUGAGUCACGUCUACGAUGAAGUGAAGCAAGCUGAGGCUGACCUUGACGCAGUGCAGGAUUCUAAUGAUUCCGAAGAAGUCGCCUUCCUUCAAAAGUACGGAAUUGAUUUGUCAAGUAGACCACAAGACGAUGCGGAUGCGGAUGCUGAAAACACGAAGGAAAAGGAAGGCGAAUUCAAGAAGCCGGAAAAUCCUCGUAAUCGAAACAAGAAAAAAGGAAAUCCGAAAGAGGAUUCCAAGCAAACCUCUUCAUCGGCUGCAUCGAAGAAUGUUCGUGAUAGUGUUCGCUCACGUAGUAAUAGUCUCACUGAGGGUUUCAUACCGUUGCCAUUGAUCAGCCAAGAGGAGUUUUCACAGAUUACGCCGACAACACGAGGACGUUUGGAUCUGGGUUCAUUGAAUGAGAUGGUUGAAGCUUUGAAUAAGGCAAUUUGCAACAAAUUGGCUCUCAUCAAACGACCGCAACAUCAACUGCGCCAGGAUGAACGUGAAUUGGUUUUCGAAUGGAAAAGUCAAAGCAGCAUUGAUGGACUGGAAAAUCGAGUGUUUAUCAAGGACUCCGAAUUCCGGAGUCAUUUAUUGUCGAAGUUACGGUUGUCCUGGAACAAAUGUGGAAUACCGUGCCUUCGAGCGUUGAAAAUGAUUUGUGAAAUAAGAAGCAAAGGUUCACUUUAUAUUGUGCCCAUGAGAAAGUAA